UACUUGUGCGCACGGUCAUACCGCACUGGAUUUUGUUUAUAUUUUGGAAAAGACUGCCCAAAUGUCAAACCUCCAGUUAACUCAGGAAAAACUAGAUGCCCUACGCUCCGAAUACAGGCCACGCCGGCCGUGCGCCCAGCUGAAAUAUCCUCGACCCAAGACAAAGCCGGAGUACCAGGCGAUAUAUCCGUGGUUGCUCCCGGAUGAGACGGAUCCGCACUUCGUGUUCUGCGCGGUGUGCGAGUGCAGGCUCAGCUGCAAGAGAUCCGACCUGGGAAAGCACGAGGGUAGCAUUAAGCACUCGGAAAAUGCACAAAGGAAAUCGUUGCCCGCCAAGGGCAACAAUCCGAACUUUGAUGGACACAGCUCCGGUGCGAUGAAGUGGGAGGAUACCGAGGACGAGGAGGGUCUGCUGCAAUACGGAACAGAUCCCCAAGACGACGAUACAGAGGAGGAGGAGGGGGAACUGGACGAAACAGAGGGCGACUGCGAGGACGAUGAGGAGCGGGCUGAAGAACUGGAAGCACAGAAUGAUCUCGAAACGGAGCCCGUUAUUAAGCAGCAACGCCGCACCUCGGAGACCGACUCACAGAAUUCCGGCAUGCUGGAUUAUCUGCCACUACACGUGACCAUCAACGAGUUGCCCCAAAGUCUUCCGUCCACUGUCUCCGCCUAUCCCACAUCCUCCACAACAGCAACAGUAGCUCCGCCUUGUAGGAUCACCAUUAAGAAAGUUCCAGUGCACAGUACUCCACUCAGUGGGAUGUGCCAAGCUCAGGAGAUCAAUUCCAAGGCCACCAUAACGCCUAUACACACGACGCCCUCCUACGCUGCCCGCCCGCUGCAAUCUUAUCAACUGCAACCAUUGUCACCUAUAACGCCAGCGCGCGACUCUUUGGAGCUGUUCUUCGACAGCAUUUGCGCCACCGUCAAGAACUUGCCGCCCAAACUGGCCACCGAGGGCAAGAUCCGGGUGAUGCAGCUCAUCGGGGAGCUCGAGUUGCGUGCUCUUUGCGAACAGGAGGCGCUCUCACAGGUCGCCGGACUUCCGGAUCUCGCGGGAAACUCCAUGUCCGGAGCAGCUGAGGCCUCAGGCAGUGGUCAGCAGAAUGCGACAGUGGCCUCCACCACAAAAUAAAUUCACCUGGACUUUGGAAUCGGUUCCAAACCGUGCUCAAUACGGCAAUUAGAAUAUAUAUAUAGUGCUUUCUUAAAUUUUUAAAUUUUGUUAACUGAUUUUCAUUAAUAAAGUUAUUUAUUAGUUGUUGUA